AACCACAAAGAAAAACGCCGCAAAUUUGUGUUUAUGUGUUCAUUAAUUAGAUAGUUUACAAUCGGAAAAGAUAAAAAAGGGAAAAAAAGAAAAAUGAUCUUCAAAGGGGAAAGCCGGGGAGUGUCGGAACGGAAGGACUUUUCUUUAUUCAUUGAUUUACUUACUUGUCUCAUAAUUUGUAUUCGUUUAAUCGAUAUCGCAAUUCGUCUAUAAAAGGCUUGAGAAAAUAUUCUUAGUAGCCAGUCUCACAAGUUUUCUAGCUUGGUUAACAUACUGUAGUAACUAAAAUGGAUGAUCAUCAACCUUCGCAGGCACUUAGAAGAAAAAAGUCACUAGUUUGGGAGCAUUUUCGAAUCGAUGAAAAUGACGAGUGCAAAGCUAUCUGCAUUCAUUGCAGUAAAUCUGUAUCUCGUGGGACCUGCAAAAGAAAGUUUAAUACAACAAACUUAGCAAGGCAUGUGCAAGUUUGUCUUUAUAUCCCACGACGCCGCCCACAGCCAAACGCACCAUCAUCAUCCUCCUCUUCAUUGACAACUUCGUCAUCGACAUCUCCGUCAUCGACAUCUACAUCAUCGACAUCAAGCCAGCCGAGGCAUAGAGGAAGAGAGCAGCAGACAUCGUUGACGUCGUUUAUGUCUGUCGAGUCGGCAUACCCCCACAACCACCCUAGACAAGUUGCAAUAUCUCGGAAAAUAGCAUUGAUGAUGGCCCUAGAUUUUCGCCCAUUUAACAUCGUCGAGAACGAAGGUUUUCGAAACCUUGUGCAAUACAUGGACCCUCGCUAUAGAAUGCCUUCCAGACCAGUAUUUUCUAUGAAUUUAGUACCUGCUAUCUAUUGCGAGGUGAAGAUGGCACUUCAAAAAGAUCUGAGGAGGACGGUUGUACCAUUUAGCUUUACCACCGAUAUGUGGAGAGGCCAAAACACCGAGUACAUGUGUGUUACGCUACAUUGGUUGGUGACGAAUGAAGAAAGAUUAAGUAAUCUAUUUUAUUAUUUUGUUCUAUGUUCUAAUAUGCACCUUUUACUCUUUGAUUUUCUCCCUCAUAUUUUGAGAGAAAAAAAUAAUUAAAGAAGUUUUAUUUCAUCUCUUGAAUAGUAUUUUUCUUCCUUUAUAUAAUUACUCCGUAUUUUGUUCAUUAUAUUUUAUUCAUACGAGUCUCUUCCAAUUAUAAAACCUUUCUGAUUUUUGUUGCAAUUAUGUUAUCAUAACGGAUUUAUAAUGAUUCCGGUGUCAAUGUUAAUCUUAGAAUUUCGCUUUAACAAUAUUAAUCCCAUAAACACACUCAAUUGCCCAUUUUAAAAUACGCAAAACAUAAAAAACUGAUUGGUUAUCGUGAUGGCCACGCAUUACGUGUACGUGUGUUUUCAUCCUCCUUAAUUGUUAAAUCCGUAACUACGGUGACUUCUUCAUGGUUUAACUUUGAAGUAUAAUUGUUUUUCAUAAUCAUGAAGGACAGCCUUGAAUGUAAGCGGUCAAUUAUUCCCUUACAUUUUCCCAAAAUUUAUUUGGCUCCCAAGGUUCAAUAAUUCUAUCUCAUCAGAAUGAAACUUUUAAUGCUUUUAAGUUUCUCUAAAUCUCCCUACAAGCCAUAUGUUCACUUUUUUAAUGUUAAAUAGGAAUUGCAGAAAAUUCGAGACUUAUUAGAAUAUAUUUUGUUUUUUUAUAAAUUUGACAGAUACCACAACUAAGAAGCGCUUUAUUGAGUAUCCAAGAAUUUAGCCAGGCUGCAACGGCCGACAACAUUCGAUCACGGCUCGAAAAAGUUGUAGAUGAGUGGUGCCACGAUACGAGAGCGAUGGGCAUCAUGUGCGGGGUGAGCGACAACGGGGCGAACAUCAAGAAGAGUCUCCGAGACACAGCCAACAACGGGAGCAUCCACGGCUCCGUUUCAUGCCUCGCUCAUAAUCUCAACCUCGUGGUGCAUGAUGUAAUGAAGACCCAGCGCCGUAUCUUAGACGGAUUGACUGUCCUCCGGAAGAUUGUUUCUAAAGUGAAGAACUCUAUGCCAGUAAAGCGUAAAUUUGAGGAGCUUCUCAAAAUCUACUACCCCAACUCCACCCACAUCAAGCUCCAAGCAGACGUUGAGACACGGUGGAAUAGCUGCCUGAGGAUGCUCUCUACGAUUCUACCUCAGCGACUUGCAAUCGAGGCCCUCAUCCAGGAUCGUGUCAUGCAGUCCCAUGGUGUGGGGCUCCCAAAAUGUUACAACCACUGGACAGACAUGUGCGACACGAUGCAAGAAUUUGUGAAGGUCCUCGAGCCGUUUCACGAGGCAACACUCCUGUGCAGUAAGACGACCUCCUCACUUUCAUCGUACUUUCCAACAUUAAAGGGGCUUAUUGUGUCUGUGGAGCGUGCUCAGGUGAGGGGGAUAGGCGCCACUAAAGAUCAACUCUUGAAGAAACUUCGCGAAGUGAUGGCGACCCACGUCAUGUCUGAUGACAACGACCACAUCUACUUGGCAGCAACUCUGCUAGACCCUCGAUACAAGAAGAAGUUCAUCCCCCGCCACAAACGGGAACAGGUGGAAUCGGCGGUUAUAGACGCCAUCAUCUCCGUCAUCGAGAGAAAAUAUACAAGACCAAUCUCGGCGGCUAACAGAGAUCAGGAUGAGACCGAAGAAGAGUCAGAGCAAACUCAAGAAUACGGCGACCCAUACGACUCCGACGAGACGCCGCCUGAGUACACCAACGACGAUGGCGACAAUGGUAGCCCUGCCACGCCCAUCAACAAUCAACCUCCGCCUCCUGUUCAAGACCGUCAUGCUGCAACUAACAUGGAGGGUGCAUCUCUAAUGGCAGGAAUACUGGCAGCAACGGAGCCUGAUAGUGAUGACGACAUCGCGGUGGAUAUUGAAUCUCUCCGCGAUGUCGCAUCACGAGAACUCAAGCGGUACCUUGAGAAACCCAAUAUUGACACAACAAGCGGUCAGGAAGCCGUUCUACGUUAUUUCGGAGAGAACGGGAGAGAAUUCCCAAACUUAACCCAAACCGCUCUCUCUUUCCAAGCAUGCCCGAUGUCGAGCGUUACUUCAGAACGCAUGUUCUCAUUGGCAGGAAACAUUCUUACCAAGAAAAGAUGCUCCCUGGACCCAGAAAACCUAAACAAAUUAGCAGUCAUUAAGGUGAACUAUCACUACAUUCGUUAAAACUAAUUGUUCACAGAUAUGAAGAUCAGACUAAGAUCAAGUUUUAAGUUUAUUGAAUUUUCGUAUUUGUUGCAUUAUUUUAAUUGCUGUGAUAAUUUUUUGUGCAGUUAGGAUUUCAUAAGAAAAAAAAUCUCUCAACGCCGAUAAUGACACAUUUGGCAUGAUUUACGGAAAUAAUGAUAAAUUUAAAUCUAAAUUGUUGUACCACAAAAUAGUGAUAGUCAGUCCAUCUGAUCAGCAGAAAAUAUCUCAAUAAAUCUGAUACAAAUUGAAGACUUUGCAUUUAAAGAUAAGUAAUGUUUACUUUUCAGUUGAACAUAAUUUAUGUCGUCAUGAAUAUGCUAUUCCUGAUAGAGGCAUUUCCACCAUUUUCAUUUUUGCUAUUUUAUCAAAAGAAAUAAUCCUCAAUUACAGACUUGUGAGAGGGGAAAAUUGUGAAUGUUUCAAUCUCUUGUUUGAUUUUACUGUUCAAGUCAUGUUACUUCCAACUAUGAAUAUCCUUUAAUUUUUUUUUUGUUUCAGGGGGUGCUAACAGUUGAAUUUUCCAUUUGAAUAGCCCUAAUAAAAGAGAAGAUAAAGAUGGUUAGUUAAAUGAGGAAGAUAUAUAUUUUAAUGAUCAGGGAAUGGAAAAUGAUUAAGAAAUGGGUUUAAAAUUUACACCUUUUUUUUAAUAAAACUAAACAUUAUGGUUGGAUUUCUGGUUUCGUAAAAACUGAGCAAUAUAUGUUUAUUAUGUCCGGGUUUCAGGUUUUUGUUUCCUUUUCUUGCAGUUUAUGCCAUAAUUUUGUUUUCAAUUGCUAAUCUUUAAGGGGAGUUUCGUCACAACUUGCAACUUUUAUCUAUUUCAAUAGAAAUGUCAUUUGAUGUAAAAAAAUAAAUAUAUAUUGGUAAAAACUUGAAACUCAAUUUAUCAGAUCAUAACAAUCUCAUUUGUAAAAAAAUAAAGAAAAAUAAGCUUUCAUUAAAAAGAAUAGUCAAGAAAAAAAAGAUCUUUGCAGAUGUUUUUGAUGACAUGAUAUGGAAAAUGUGAGGUGCAAUUUUGAGAAGUGUUUCCAUUAUUAAGUGUUGGGGCAUGAAAACUGGCAUUGCACAGGAGUGAAAAAGAUGCUGUGAAUGGUCAUUGAGGUGAGGAAAGGGAAAGAGUAACCGAGAGGGUGGAAAGCCAGAGGCAAGAGAACGAGAGAACUUAGUUGAUUCAUGAUAACUUGUAUGAAAGCAGAGUGGAAGAGAGGAGAAAAACAAUUAGAGAACGUUUCUGAGUGAUGGUAAAUUACAAAUUAUCUCUGAAAUAUUAUCUUUUAAUUUUCAAAUAUUGCAAGUCUUUCAUUCUUGUAUUUUCACAGCUACUAUCUUCAGUUAAUAUCAAUAUGGACAUCAAAUAUUCAUGUAGAUAUAUUUGAAACCUCUAGCAAAGAGCAAAAAAAAUAUCAUCUGCUCUUUCUCUUCUUCAUCCCACCUCAUGUCAUAAUGGAAAAUGUUGGGGCGAGCUGAGGGCAGGCCAGAUUUUUUUUUUAUAGUUACGGGAUUAUGGACUUCAUUGUUUAUUCAAAUCACCCACCCGCUCCCGGUGCCGCCACAACUUUGAAUACAAAAUAUGGUAUUUUCAUUGAGGCUGUUACUUCAACAUUUAAUCAUCCCUAUUUUCAUGAUUAACGCUUGUUGAAAAAAAGCAACCAAAAAACAAACGACUUCAUAC